CCGGGUUCACUCCAGCAACCUCACCGCCAAAUCGCCCGGAACGCCUGAGGAAUUUCAUUCUCUCCUCCUUCCCUCCCUCCUUAUCUCCCUACUUAAAGAGUCUCUCACAGCCACCCCCCCAGCUCUUGACCCCCGAGUCAAAUUUUCCUCUCCACGCACCCAAAUUCUUCAUUACUGAAGUGCUACCUCGGCUGCAUGCCGUCGUAUGUACGAACCCCCCAUCGCUCGCCGCGACCAGAGUUCGAUGGAUUCGAUGCAUCCGUCGUAAAUCCGCCAAUAAUUCACGAUGACAUGAAUUUCUCGGAGAUGUGUGAUACGUUCAUAUCGUUUUUCAGUGAACACAUCGAAGCACCACAGACAUUGAGCUCGCUAAAGCUCGUGCCGGCUGUGUCGCAUCUCGGCGUACAGCUUGCGGAACGAAGCCAUAACCCGGCUACCGUCGCCGCGCUCCUUUGGUGUCGUGCGGAGUUUGCGUCGGGCGACGAAGAUGGGGAGGGCUUCGGCGUGGGUGUCUAUAUGACGAGAGCGCUGGCAUGUGAAGUCGUCGCGUGCGAUUUGACGUCCAGUCUCUCUGCGGCGGAAGCCUUGCAGUAUCUCUGUCACGAGUUGUCGGUAUUAGAUGUGAGCGGUGCGGAGCCGACGGAAUCGUCGUACCUGCUGAGUGGCCAGUCGAACGGAGGUGGUUCCGGUGGCGCGGAUGUCGAGAACGGUAGAAGGAAGCGAUAUGAAGGAAUGACGACGCUGGAAAUUGCUGUCCUGGCGGACUGUAAGAAGUUCAUCUCGCAUCGACCUGUUCAGAAGAUCAUCAACGGAAUCUGGGACGGCUCGAUAUCAUUCUGGAAGUCACUGGACGUUGAUGGAUCCAAGUCUCCCCAUUUCUUCAAUCCCCGGAAAGCCGAUCCGUUCUGCAGACUUAGGGUUCCCAAGUAUCAGAAGGCAUUCGAAGCGCUGUUCUUUGCCACGUUACUCGGACUCUAUUAUUUCGUUCUCGUGGAGCGGAACCCGUAUCGCAUCAUGCCAUCGGAGAUAGCUUUGAUUGUAUUCUUCACUGCUUUUGCCGUGGACGAGUUCUCGUCCAUGAAGGACUCGGGUGUCACGUUUUAUGCGGCCGACUUCUGGAGCUGGCUGGACAUGUUUAUCAUCCUUAUCGGAGUGAUAUUCCUCGGUUUCCGUAUAUCCGGAGUGGUGAAGGACAGCGAUGAUAUCACGGACACGGCAUUCGAUAUUCUCUCACUGGAGGCACUGCUGCUCGUACCAAGGCUGUUUUCACUGUUCACUUUGGAUCCAUACUUCGGGGUUCUGAUUCCUUGCCUGAAGCAAAUGACCAAAGAGUUUAUGAAAUUCUCCGUAUUGGUCCUGAUCCUAUACUUCGGCUUUCUCACUACGUUCUCCCUACUGGCCCGCGACCGCAUGUCGUUCAAAGACGUAUCAUGGAUGUUGAUCAAUGUGUUCUUCGGUUCGAGCUAUGUCGGAUUUGAUGCAAUGAGAGAAAUUUCACCCAUCCUCGGGCCGCCAUUGAUGCUCAUCUUCGUAAUUAUGACCAACAUCUUGCUCAUCACGUCGCUCAUCAGUCUGCUCUCAAACAGUCUGACCAAUAUGAUGGCGAACGCUAGAGAGGAGUAUCUGUUCAUGUUUUCUACGAUGGUCCUGGAGGCGUCUACGAGCAACCGGCUCGUUGUGUUUUAUCCGCCGCUGAACCUAUUACCGUUGAUCCUCUUGCGCCCACUUCGGCUAGUGGUGUCGUCGCAGAAGCUCCGAAAAUGGAGAAUCACACUACUCAAGUUCUCGCACUGCCUCUUUGCACUGGCUAUUUUGAUCUUUGAGAGAAUCAAAGGGAGAAAUGCGAACGCUCGCAGCAGGGGAUUCUCAUGGGGUCCGAGCAACGACAAAAAGCCAGUCCAUCACGGACUUGGCAUAGGCGGCAUCGGGAUUCUCAAUCGCCACUCGAUGUGGGUCGGGGCGACUGGGCGCUUAGGCGCAGGCCGACUGGCCGGCGGUCGGCUGGGGUUCGGGAACGGAGGGCUCCAGGCCGCCGGCGGCGGCGCACCGACCAGCUCGUCGAGCAUAGACGAACGGCUUGAAACUGCCGAGCCUCCUGUCGAAUCUAGGUUUAAUCGCCUCGCGCCUAAAGAUCAGGAGGAACUCAGGCGAGUGAGAAUAUCGGUCGAAGAGCUAACGAGGAAGAUGGAUGCGAUUUUGUCACAGACCCGUGAGUGAGAGGACAGAUUGGGGGGUGAUAGGGAGGACCUGGUAGGGGGUGUGGGUUCGGGGGGUGUGAGUGGGAACAACCUACCGAGUAAGAAGUACUCGUAUCUACUACAAGUUGGGGACCGAAUAACAGUGGGAUCAUAUGGGAGGAUCAUAUGGGAGGGGAUAAUUGGGUCACACCACCUUUUCUUUUUUCUUUUCUUUUCUUUCUUUUCUUUUUCUCUCUCUCUUUCUUUCCCAUCUUGUCAUCUUCUUUCGUUUGGGUGGAAUGGGGAACCCAUCAGAGGGAGAAUGCAGUGGCAUGGAAGUAUACGAGUAGGUGUCAAUUAAAUGCACCCUCGGUGCCGCUAGACGCACGCAUGAAUCCAGGG